ACUUCCGGUUCCUGUUGUUUUCUGGUGGGAACGAAAUGAUGUUGGAUCAUUCCAAGCUCCUUUUUGAGCUAUCAGGGUAACAUUUCAGUAAAAAGUCCUUAAAUCACAAAAACGACGUUUAUAAAAAUGGAUUUUCCUCCGGAAGUUUCUAUUAUAAUUGCAAAAUUACAAUCUAGAAAAGCGAAACAACGAAAGGAGGGUAUCGAACAAAUUGUAUCAUGGUUAAAAAAUAUAGAAUCGACCAGCUUGGACAAUCACAAACUGUGGCAUCACUUAUUUCUUAUUAUAAAAAAUGUAAUUUUGGAAGAAAUUGACAGUGUAGCUAAAAAUGAUAUACCAUGCAGUCAAGUUGCUAAACAUAAUCGAGAUAAAAAGUUGGAAGAUAUGAAACUAUUAUUGAAGUUAUUUCUUAAACAAAGUAAUAAGCUAAAUGUUACAUUUAAAACAAAGGACCUCAUGAACCAUAUUAUAGAAGUUUUAAAUUGCAAAGAUCGGGUAUCGUUAAUGGGUAUGGCUUAUUGUGAUGUACUGAGAGAGUGUAUUUUAUGCGUAUAUGAAAACCAAAUUAAAAUUACGGCCGAAAAUUAUGAUCUAUUGCUGCAAAAGAUAUUAGAAUGGGUUCACAAGCCUCCUUUUACUUCAUUCGAUAGAGGACAGCUCGCAUGCCUAGCUUACAAAUUAGCCUUCAACUCCUCCCGUAAUUAUGAACUCAAAUGGUUAAACCUAAUAAAUAUAGCGAUGGAAUAUUUUUCCAUUGACAAUAUUCAAGAAGAGCUUAGUGGAAAUGUUUGCAGCUACAUGCUGAGUACUUUGACCGUAUUGUUAUCGUGCUUGGCUACUUUUAACAGAGCUUUACUGUGCCGUGUUGGAGAAACUUUAAUGCCAUGCAUGUUUAUAAUAGUCCGAAAGUUUAACCAGUGUAAGAAUUCGGUUAUAGAAUUUAUCCAACUUCAAGUUAAUAUUCAUCAUCCAUUUGAUUCUUAUACCAUUUUGGAAGGAGUCUAUACAUACGACAAAAAUUCAUGGCUGAAACACUUAGCUUUGACAUACGAGUUUUUAAUGACCGAAUGUACGGAUGCUUUGAAAAAAUCCAAAUAUAAUAGUGGAAAGAAAGACCUAGUACAAUACUUAGAUUUACUUUCGUCUGUCUACACUCAGCUUAUCUUUGAUGGAAGCGAUAAUUGUGACAUUGAUACACAACCAAGCGGCAAGAAAAUCAAACUGCAAUUCACUUGGUCUACUCUUGUUGAUGUUAUCAAAAACAAGGGCAAUAACAAUGGUGAGAUAAUUUUGUGGUUCAAUAUCCUUAGUCGAAUUCUUAAAAAAGUAAAAGACAUACCCCAGGAUGUAACUGAUAGUUUAUUUUAUUCAUUAAGAGAUCUGGUUAAUAAUACGAAGGAUGAAGUAAUUAUUAGAUAUGUAUAUACAUGUUUGAAAGAACUUUAUUGUCACUGUUCACAUCUUGAUUGGUCUUCUAUUGGAAAUAUUGCCUUGCAAACUUUUCUUGCUCAAAAAGCGCAAAAGGAAAGUGUUCUUUUACUAAAUAGUCUAAAAGAGAAACAUUUCAAUAUUUUUUAUGAGAAAACAACAAAAGUCAACGGAAACAGUUUAUUAUUUUUGGAGAACAUGCUAGAAAAUUUUCAUCCCGAAAAUCGAUCAUCUAUUUUAGCAUGGAUCUUAGGAAUUGAAAUUCACUUGACCACUUCUCAAUCCAGUAGCUACUUUCACCUUAUUAUUAGCGUAAUUCUCCGAUUGAUUGUUUUUAAUGGGGGAAAUUUGUUAUUUUCAAAAUUUAUUCCCGAACAGCGAAUGGAAAGAACUUUAGAUAUACAAAAAUUAUACAAACUGUGUUUCUCAGGGCCGGAUUUGAGUAAUUUAUUCUACUUGUGUUCAACUUCGAAACAAACGAAAGAAAUAAAUAAGGGAAGAUUAACAAUAGAAUACAAAACUUUUUUGGACUGGUUAAAUCGAAUAAGAAUGUUUAUUAAUAAUACCUCCAUUCUGUUUAGCAUCAAUGUGUUCAAGUUAGCUUUUUAUACUUAUUUGCAUCUUUAUAUGUGGGGAAUCAUCAGUCUCGAAGCUAUCAGAGCUCAAGGAGUUUUGCAAAUCAUUCAGCAUUGUUUCAGCAGUAUUCUUGAAGAAUUUAUCAAAGAAGACAAUUUAGUUGCUAUCGAACAUUUGACCCCUCUAUCUGCUGAAGCACCUAUAGAAAUGAAAGAAUUUUUCUCCUUUGCGUUAGAAAGUCAAUGCAUUGAUGAAACUUUGAGAAACACCUUGAAAAGUUUUCUAAGAAAAGGAAUGGGAUUAGAUCAAAGAAAUAUUGAGAGUCUAUUAGAUGAAACAAUUUUGGACGAGAAUUCAAGGAGAACCUUGGAAUACUUUAAACUAUGUUGCAGUUUAUCAGCAUCUAAUGGUUUUUUCCUUCUUCGCCAAUUUAUCUUUGAUUUUAUACGAAAGUUACCUGUGACUAUUGCCAAUUAUCAUUUAAUUUAUGUCUUUAUCGAUUAUUUUAGUAAAGCAUAUCAAAACUUGUCAGAUACUGAAGUCGAAGAUUUACAAACUGUUUUGAAAGGGACUUUUCGAGUUUUGAAUAACUCUACUGAAGUUAAUUGCGCCCUUAUAAAAUUAAUGGAAACUUUACCUGAACAAGUCAAGUCUACUGAAGAGAUGGAUGUGUAUUUCAAGUUGAUUGAAGUUUGUUGGGGACUAGCAGCGGACAGAAGGCAUAAAUUGAUAAUGAGAGGUAACAUUAUUGAUGUCCUUAUUAAGUUUUAUCAAGUGGGCUAUAGAAGGAAUGAAAUAAGGAACUUAUUAAUUAAGAAAAUUGCUGAGGAAGACUUAAAUAAUAGUUUAAAAGUAAUAAGAAAGAUACCUCAAUUACUUUUGGAUUGCGAUGAUAGCUCAUUUCUUAAAUUUCAAUCGUUUGAAAUACAGACAGAACUAGUCGACAAAAGCAAGGAUUCCUAUAUCAAUCAGUUUGAAAAUCAUCAUUCGGAUUAUUACGCAGAAGAUAUAUCUGAGAGGCACCAGAACUUAUCCGUAUCGUUUUUACUUUAUCUGACCAGUAUUCUCAUUUCUAAUUCAGCUUGUACAGCAGAUGCGCUAUUUCUUCUAUGCAAGUGUAUAACAGUUUAUAAACUAGAAGUUGAUAAAGUUCAAGUUUAUCUAACCGAAGUGGCUUCAUCUCUGCAAUUAAAAAGCGUUAAGGACUUAUUUGAACUUCAUAUGCCAGUUAUAAUUUACAAAUGGCUAAAUGACGGUAUCCCUAUAGCUAAAUUUCCACCCAUUCUGAAUAUUUCUCAGCAACAAUUUAUCAAAGAGUAUAAGAAAUACGGUCGACCAUUCGAGUACAUUCGAGAAGAGAAUUGCCCUAGGGAUGGUUCAGAUAACGUUCUGUUAGAUAUUUUUGUUUACACUUUACUUAUGGACGAUAGGCGAGCCAUUAGGAGGAUUGAAAAUGCAGUUGAAAAGCGAAGAAUUGUAGACAUUAUUACGAAAAAUCCCGCUUUUAUUACCUUGACCUUUAUAUCAUGUGUACAUAUUUAUGAUGAAAGUUUUCCUCAUCGAUCAGCUUCUCAAGUGAAGGGUGCCUUUAAUCAUUUAAAUGAGUAUAUAGAUUCAGCAGAAAGUUUUUUAGAUUUACUAACAGAGAGUGAUUUAGUUAGCAUCUAUCUAGACUUAAGUACUAGACUUUCAAAAAGUUAUACUUCUACUUUGAAACAAGGCACGAUAAGCGCAUAUCGCCUUCUCUUCCAACUAUUAACUGAGAGUGGUCUAAUAAAUCGUUCUUACUGGGAGUUCAUUUUCCGUCACAAUUUAUUGACUCUAGUUAGUGUUUUGAGAUGGAUUGAUACUAAUUGGUUUGGAAAGCGGAAAUGCGAAUCAGAGUUGUUUAUUUUGGUGCUAAACUUUUUGGAAGAAUUGAUUCUCCACUCCCUUGAAAACGACUACAAAGGUAUCGAUAGAUAUAUUAAUCAAAUUGUUAAUGAAUUGAAAGAGGUAAUCAGUAAAGAAAAUUUAGUUAAUUCUGAAGUUCAUAAAACUAGUCUCAAAGUUCUCGAAACGAUCGUUUCUAAUCUUCGCAUGGAAGAACAUAAGGUUAAACUAGAUCCUUUUCCAAAUAGACCCUAUUAUACAAAACUACGACAAAUUAUUAAUGAGAGAAACAAGGGGGAUUCAGGUCCAGUUAUUUACGAGAAGUUUAAAAAUUUCCUUGAGCUAAAGUCUGAUAAUCCCGAUCAAAUCGACACUUUAUUGGAGUUUAUUCAUAACAAGCGAAAGGAAAUUGUGGAACGAUUCGUAUUGGAUAGUGGAUUUCAAGAGUUGUUAUCAAGGGUUUACGUUAAACUCUUAGAUUUAGUUCGAACAUCCGAAAAUAUGGAUGCCGCUAAAUGCCUGAGUAUAUUGGGUCCAUUAAAUUUAGGUCCCUUUUUUAAAUCGACAGAUCAGAAAAAUGAAAAGGCAAGCCAAGAAAACAUUUACAAGGAUUUAUGGCUCAUUUUACAGCAGUAUAUGCAAGACUAUAACUUAAAUAUAUCUAUAAUUGCAACUAAAACUUGUUCAUUUAUCUUCUCUCAGUUUGUAAGCUACAAAAACUUUAUAGAGAGAAUUUCUAACGAACAUGACAGACGACUGAUUUAUUGUCUCAGAGAAUAUGGCUUAAAAUGUUUAUCCAACGACUUUCAAACGGAAUUGGACGGGGUGAAUACAGAAAUUAGAUUAACUGAUACUUUCUCCGAUUGGACCCUAAAGCUAACAUUAAAAAUUUCUCGGCAAGACAGAUUUUUUUCAUAUUUUACAAAGUUGCUGAUUGAAUCGGAAACACUUAGACUAAAGAUUCUUCCUUACCUACUUCAUAAUGUUUUUUCAAAUUACAAGAAAAAAGAAAACUUAGCGGAGUGUAACGGCAUCUUCCGCGACACUCUUCAAAGCACGGUGGACUACUUGAGUAAAGCGAAAUGCGUGUUAAACAUUUUUAGUUAUGUUACUGCUCAAAGCUACUUAGAAAAUGUUCAACAAGAUUUUGAAUAUUUAAAUAUCGAUUACAAGUUCCUAGCCAAAACUGCUUACAAAUGUGGAAUGUUUAUGGAUGCUAUACGUUAUUUAGAAAUAUGGUACAAUUUAAACAAUUGUACUAUUAAUUGUAAUGAAGAACAGGAUUACUUUUGUAAUAAGAACAUAUCACAGUCUUUAAAUGACAAAUCAACAGAAAAUCUACUGUUAAAUUGCUUUUUAGCUCUAAAAGAUGACUAUGCAAUUUACGCUUUCCGAAAUACCUCUUCGCUAGAGGCAAGAGUUCAUUCCUUUGAGAAGGAAGGAAACUUUCACAAAGCUUUAGUUUUAUAUAAUUCCAUGUCACCAAAUGAUACAUAUCGAAUUGCAGAAACAUUAAAUAAAAUGUGCCUUCCUGGAGUACUUGGUGACUAUUUAAAACAAGCUAACAUCGAGUCUGAUGAGAAAUUAAAAUCUCUUCAAAUGGAAUCUGCCUGGAAGUGUGGACUUUGGGAUAACAUACCAAACGAAAAGAGCGAUAAUUUCCAUUGGAAUUUGGCUCAGGCCCUAAAGAAUGUUAAGGAUAAAGUUUCCAAAACUGACUAUUUGCAUUCAGCAUUAAAAUUGACCGUUGAUGAAUUCAAACAAAAUUCGCUUGAACAUUGUUGUAUUCCUUAUGAAUUUUUAUCGCGAUUGCAUUGCUUAUACCUCGUUGAACAAGGUGAGAAUGCUAUCGUAUAUCAAGAUUCGCUGACCAAAUCACCUUUCGAAGUUCUGGAAUCAAUUUAUAGUGUUAGGAAAAUUUUAUCGAAUGAUUUGGAAUCAGUUUUACAAAUAGCCAAGCUAUCUGAAAGAUGCCGGAGAUUUGAUUUUGCAGAAAUGCAUCUGCAAAAAGCUCUUCAGGGAAAACUAGAAAAUACCGAUGCUUUUCAGUUACGAUUACGACAGGCUAAAAUAUGGUGGGCCAAAGGUGAAAGGGAAAUGGCUUGCGAUAAAAUAGAAGGAAUUCUCAAUGAUUUAAAAAUUGAAAAUCAGUCUCCAUCUCUUCAAUUUUUAAGGGCUAGAAGUCUGCUGGAGGCAGCAAAAUGGCUUGUGGAAACUCGUACAGAAAUGUCAUCUGUGAUUAUAGAUCAAUAUUUAAGAAAAGCAGCUUCUAUAAUGGAGUCAUAUGGUGAUAUUAAAGGAAAAAAGCAGGCCUAUCAAACUUUAGCAGAAUUUGCCGAUGAUCAUUAUGUUGAAUUAUACGAAUACACUAGAUCAUCUGCAUUUGAAAUGAAAAAAAUACUUUUACAGCAGGCAAAUGAAAGCUUACAAACCCAUUUGGCUGAUACCUCAAGUCGCUUUAAGCGCGUUCUUAAUAAACAGAGAGAACUCGAUACAAAUGAAAUAGAAAGACAAAAUACAGAAAAGAGAAAUACGCUAUUGCUCGCUUUGAAAAACUAUGCAGAAUGUUUACGACUUAGACAAGAUAAAGACUUGAAAAUUUUUCGUUUUGUUUCCUUAUGGUUUGACACGCUCGAACAUGAUGAUGUCACUAAGCAGGUUGCCCCCUACUUGGAUGAAAUAUCAACGGAUAUUUUUUUACCCGUGUUUUAUCAGAUGGCAGCACGACUGAAUUCGAAUUCUAGGGUUUUCAAAACAGUUUUGUUUAGUUUAAUUAAGAGAUGCGUCGAAGAGCAGCCCUAUCGUACAGUUUAUAUAAUACUUGCUCUUCGUAAUGCUCAUAUGGAUGACGGAGAAUCUUCUCAGGAUGCUCUUGUUACCACUUCCGAACGCUUGAUUAAGCAACUAAAACAGACAACAAGCACUAUCGCGAAACUGAUAGAGAACACGCAAAGGCUAUGCGAAGGCUACAUACAAUUGGCAAAUUACAAGGAAUUUGAUAAGUCUUCAAAGAAAGUUGCAUUACCUGCAUCUCUCUUAAUCUCCAAAUUACGUAAUCUAGAUAUGGCUGCAGUCCCAACUAUGAACAUUGAAUCCAUGGGAUCUCAAGUUAUCACCGUUCGAUGUUUUGAAAAGAAUUUUUCUUUAGCGGGGGGUAUUAAUGUUCCGAAAAUCAUAACCUGCCUGGGGAGCGAUGGGAAUAGUUAUCAGCAAUUAGUGAAAGGAAAUGAUGAUUUAAGACAGGAUGCUGUUAUGCAACAACUUUUUGGAGUGGUUAAUCGCUUAGUUCAAGUUAGAAACAUAUCUCAAUCUUGCGUUGCUACGUACAAGAUUGUUCCGCUUUCCCAAAAGUCUGGAGUUUUAGAGUGGUGUAAAGACACAAUACCUCUUGGUACAUUUUUAGCGGACCCAAAAACCGGGGCGCAUAUGCGUUAUAGACCACAAGAUUUUUCUGCGCUAGAAUGUCGAAAAAGACUUCAAAAAAGUCAUAGAAGUUCAAAUGAGGAAAAGUUUUCGGUUUUUAUGACAGUUUGUAAAAACUUUAAACCCGUUAUGCGUUAUUUUUUCUUUGAAAAUUGGAAAACAGGUGAAAGUUGGUGGCUUAAGCAAUCAGCAUAUAUUCGAAGUAUAGCAAUUAAUUCAAUGGUUGGAUAUAUAGUUGGGUUGGGCGACAGGCACGUUCAGAAUAUUCUUAUUAAUAAAAUUACCGCUGAAGUUGUUCACAUAGAUUUUGGAGUUGCCUUUGAGCAAGGCAUGAUUUUACCGACACCAGAAACUGUUCCCUUUCGACUAACUCGAGAUAUUGUUGAUGGUAUGGGUAUAACAGGAGUCGAUGGAGCGUUUACAAAGUGUUGCGAAGAAAAUUUAUCUGUAUUGAAAGAAUUCUAUAGAACUUUAUUAUGCGUUGUUGAGGUUUUCUUACACGAUCCACUCUGUGAUUGGAAACUUUCACCAACUCAAGAAAAACAAUUAGAAAGAAGUGAAAUCUCUUCAACCAAUAAACAAGUAGCGGAAAGAGCCUUAUUACGUAUUCGGCAAAAGUUACAAGGCACAGAAAACGGUGUUUCUUUAAGCGUAAAAGGACAAGUCCAGAUGCUUAUUAAACAGGCAAUGAACCCUCGAAAUCUAUCAAGACUCUUCCCCGGCUGGCAACCAUAUCUUUAAACAAAGUGUUAAAAAAAAUGUUGUUUUUCCAUGUAUCGCUAAACGAUUGAUUUUUUUUUUAAAAUAAGAUACUUUCUACAACACGUUUGUCUUGAACAGAAAAAAAAACAAAUAAAAUAUAAUCUAUUAGCUGGCUUAUACAUUACAUUCCCCUAUACGCUUUAUACUAUACUAUAAAAUCUAUAUACUGUAUAUAUGCUAUAUAUUAAUACAUUUAUUCAUCACUUCUGAUUCAGAAAGCCGA